AUGACACUAUCCGAGAAAGACCUACGUGAGUCUGUUUUGAUGACGUUACAGCCAGAUGUUGAACAAAAAAGAGAAGCUGAAAGAAUACUUGAUACUUUGUGCGGUCGACCAGGAUUCUUUGAUUCCUUAAUUUCUUUAGCUGCUCGAGAUACAGCAGCUGAAGUAAGACUUGUAGCUGGUAUCUUAUUCCGGCGAUAUCUAGAACGUACUUGGUCCAAUGAAGGCUUUGCUAAAACUGAACUUAUUGCUGCCUUCCCGACAGUUCUUCUUCAAACUUCACCCGAAGCUGCCCCACAACUCUUAGCUGCCUUAGAUCAUAUCCUUAAAUCUGAAUCAGCUUCAGCUUGGACGGGUAUUAUUGCUGCUGCUGAUAGUUUAAUUGGAGCGGCUGAUUCAGCUGCAGCUAUUACGGGUUUAAAGAUUCUUAAUCGUAUUAUUCUAACGUUUAUUGAAGGUUACAAGUCUGAGAAGGUCUUUGAACCUAUUUUAGAUAGAUCGGGUGCUCGUAUUCUGGCUUUGGCUGGUGAGUCUUUAGGUAGUACGGCUGCUCUAGCUAUGAAAGUCUUAGCCCAUGCUUGUGAGUCUUAUGUUAUGCCGCGGGUCUUUACUGAUGCCGGAUUUGUGCAGCAAGCAGUUGCCGCCGCUGGUAAAGGUACUUCUCCCGAAGCAUCUGUCUCACUUACUAAAUGGUCUUUGGUUCUACUGAACAAUCUCUUGAAGAAGACAAGGAGGAAGAAGAGUUUGCCGGCUUUUGCUCCCUUACUGGCGACUGAGAUUGUGCAGGGGUUGUACGCCCGGGCUCAACGCGUUCUAACUCAGUAUAAGAGUUCUGGGGCUUCAGUUAAGGUGGAGAGAGAGGCUUUAGUCUUAGUUAAGUUACUGAUGCAUAAAGAGGCCGGUUGGCAACUAGUCCGACCAGAUACACCCGUUCUGGUCUCUGGGUUUGUUCUGCCGGCGGUGGCUUUUGAUGAGGAGUUGGAAGAGCUUUGGGAGUCUUCUCAGAUUGAGUUUUUAAGGGAGGCUGAAGCUAAGUAUACGCAUAGUAUUAGUACAGUAGCUAGUGAGUUGUUCUUUGAGAUAGUUAAGAUGGCCCGGGAAGAUGCUGAGUUAUUGAAUGCCUUAAUGAGUGUAGUAAUUAGGGAAAUGGCUGCUUACGGUACUCAGGCUAAUGAAGAGACGGCUCGGAUGAGAUAUGCUGGUUUAGCUCUAUUUAGAACGGCUUCUAAGUACAUUCAUAGUAAUGAUGGUGUAUUUAGUGUGAUCUUAGAGGAUUUAAGAGCUCCGCAUGCCCAUGUGCGUUAUAUGGCCUUUUCAGCCUUACAGCACUUUGGGUACCACCGGAAGAUGCCGGCAGUUGUUUUAGAACCGUUUAUGGCCGGUGUAUCUUCAACGGAUAUGGCAGUAGUAGUGGAAAGUGUGCUUUGUUUACCGCAUAUUUUAGAAGUAGCCGCCUUAAGAGAUGCUUUACGUCAGGACAUUCCUUCUUUUAUUCGUUUAGUACUUGAUUUAUCCAACCGAGUGCAGAUUGAGUCUCUUUCUUCGGUUUUGGAAGAUAUUAUUGUCUUGUGUCCAGAAGAGGCUUUAGCUAUUGCGCCUGGGAUUGCUUCGGCUAUUGCUACUUCGGUUUUGCAACUACUUAGGGAUGGUGAAGGUGAAGCUGAAGUUCCUGAGGAGAAGUAUGAAGUAAUUGAUGGAUAUAUUCGCACAAUUGUUACGUUAAUUGAUUCAUUGGACCGAUCACCAGAUGGAGUGAAUGCUAUUAUGCUAGCUACUAAGCCUAUGCUAGUGGAAGUAGCUCGUUCACAUCAGGACUUUAUUCCGGAGAUUUUACCGAUUGUAUUAGCAGCUACAUACGCAUUGAAGAGUGUUGAAGGGAUGUACGAGUUCUUAGAAGAGAUUUUGAAGAUGCCGGCUGAGGACUUACUGGUCUUCUCUUGUGAAGUAUCGGAAGUACUUGAUAAUUACAUUAUGUACGGUAAAGGAGGUAUUUUGGUUUACUUAGGAGAUAUUAUGCGAGUAGUUGGAGAGAUGGUGCAGGGAUAUGCUUCUGAUUAUGACUUUCCGUACACUUGUCGGGUAAUGGAGUCUAUUUUACUGAAUACAGCUCGAUUAUUAGGAGAUAGGGCGGCUGAGAUAGUUCAUGCUUUAAUUGGUAUGGCUGUUUCUAAUAAGGAAGUACUUAAUGAGCCUAUGGCGGCUGUAGCUGCGGUUGAAGUUCUUAUUUGUGCCAUAGUUAUGUUCCCGGCCAUGGCUUUAAGUGAUAUUGCUAGCCGGGGUUUAGAUGGAUUCCUGUGUGAGACUUUGCGUGAGCACCAUAAACGCUUUGAACGGGUGCAUGAUUUGAAGUUAUUGUUACUCUUUGCCGGGAUAUUACUGGGACAACCGGGUGCUGCUUUACCUAAUGGUAUUCCGGCUGAUUUGUUAAUGCAACUCUUCCAGUAUGCAGUUGGGGCUUUACCGGAAGCAAUUGCUUAUCGGGAAUCUUUAAGAUCUGGAGAUGAGGAAGCGUGUGAGGCCUACUACGAGCGGGAGUACAUGGAAGAGGAUCCGACGUACGAAACGCCUUUGGAUGAGAUUGACUGGCAAGUAUAUGCCGCUGAGGUCAUGCGCACGCCAGGCUGUCUUUUCCAAGAACUCUGGCAGCAAAUGCCACAGGGAGAACAGAGUGCGCUCAGUGAAGCCGUUAGUGCCAAGAAAUAA